AUAAACCAUAAUAACGAACUAUGAUACAUAACAAUAAAAAUCGGGGCAAAAUUUAAACUUGAUAUGUAGGGGAAUAACUUACACUAAACUUAGAACAUUUAAGAGGCACUAUUUGGGGCAGCUGCUCUUUGUCAUGGGGUUUGCCCGAUUUGUUACUCUGUAAUGGCCGUCUACCGGCGCUUCUUUGUGUAAAUGCGAGACCCCGCUCGCACGGGCUGUCCAGGAAUAACAUUGCGAGUUGUCGCUACACUGAAAGGACGCUGGGGACGUUCCUGGCGCUUAGUACUCUGCACAGCGCAGCGAGAAUACAAAUAUCACAAUUUAAACUCUUGUGUAGAGGAUAAAGUCAUGAAACUACGGCCUAAGUUCCAGCCUGAAAAAAAUAUUAAACUGUGUGAAAACGCCAGAGAGACACAUUUAACGUCCACAACCUGAACUUCGUGCAGCGGGUACCUGUUAACAACUGUCUGGAACAGACCCUGUUCACGUGACAAGGAAAACAAACGCGCGGCGCUUCGUUACCAAAACAGUUUACUCACGUCGGCGAAGGAUGCAAGUGGCUUAGAUCUGUUAUAACGUCUUGAUCUUUGUUGAUUUUCUUUCAGAUGUUAUGUUGUGGUUCUACAGGGCCGUACACACUAGUGUUCUGAUUUAAUAUAAUGCAGAGUAACGCUAAAAAGCCAGAUCUAGUUAGACCCCGACCGAGCAGUGUCAGUUCUGGUGGUGACACUAAACACGUCCGCAAAGUUCACAUCAGAAAGGUUCCUUACAGAGUUGGCUACAGCUGGAACAAAGGUGGGAGACUCAAGGAGCUCAGAAUAAGGCACUUGGCAAGGAAGUUCCUGAAGAUAUGGAUGCAGAAUACCUUUGGACGAAUUCUUCCUCAUAAAGCCAAGUCCCACUAUAACAGCGUGGUCUUGAGACGAGCCUUUGAAGGAUGGAGAGACGAGUGGUGGACGUCCAGGAGAGAGUGGGGUCUUACACUGCGGGCAGAGUGUCACCACAGGUAUUAUCUUUAUAACUUGGUGUUCCGUGGCUGGCGGACUUUUUUGUCACUGCAGCUGGAAAAGAAGAGCAAAGUCCAAAAUGCUCAAUUAUUUGCUGACAGGCAACGGAUGCGUCUGGUUUGGGAAAGGUGGGAGGAUUUCACAGAGAUGAGGCAAAUAAAGAGGAGAAUGCUUGAAUCUGCCCUCGAGCAGAACAGACUUACAACUCUGCAUUCAGCGUGGAACCUGUGGCAGAUGAGGCUGCAGCAGCAACAAGACUUUCACGCAUUAGAGGACCAAGCCUGGAAACAGAGGGCGCUGACUUUACAGAGCAGGACUUGGCUUCAGUGGAAAGAAAUGCACAUGGCUGCUUGUUGCCAGAAAAAGAAAGAGUCCAAAGCUGCACUUCACUUCAUCCUCAGGCUGAAAAAAAAAACAUUACAUCGUUGGAAAAGCUAUGUGUUAUGUCUCCAAACCAAGAAAAAGUCACAAGCUGUGGCUCAGCUUGCCUGCCACUUCCGCCUGAUGAUGAUCGGUUGGAGAAAAUGGCGCGGCGCGUUGCAACGCAAGCAGGGCCAGGAGGACCGUUUGCAAGCUGCAGGGCAUUUGGCCAUUCAGAGUACCCAGCGCAGGGCACUGGAGCGCUGGAGAGCUUAUGUGACGUUGUGCAGAGAAGAGGCUGAAAGAAACAGUAUUGCAAGUCAACAUUAUCAUCAUCGUCUACUGGGUGCUGGAGUGCUGGGACUUCGUCUUAACGUCAUCUGGAACAAAUCACACCGACUGAACAACAACAUGGCUGUCCAACAUCAUCAUCAAACUAUGACAAACAAGUAUUGGAAGCUGUGGCAGGAGCGUCUGGAGGAGGCUGAAGACAAGAGUUUCCAACCCCUAACAGAAAUGGCUCUGACUAACCAUAGCACAUCACUGUUAAGCAGAUGUUUUCACCACUGGAGAGCGGAACUUGCUGAACUGAGACACAUGCAGGAAUUGGACUGCCGUGCAGACGUUUGGUUUGCUGAACACAUGUUGCCUCGGUGUUUCAGCUUGUGGGUUGAGUUUGCUCUGCAGAGAAGGCUCCAUAAACAGAGGAGACACAAGGCAGAAGUCUAUAAUAAGCAGCGUCAGCACUCUUGGGUGUUUUACACAUGGUGGGGACAAUCAGAGAAGCACAAGGAGCAGAUGCUUUCUGAGCGAAUGGCAAUUCUACACGAGGAGCGGUGCCGCUUGCAGAGUGCCUGGGCUCGCUGGAGGCAGCGGACAGAGCAGCAGAUGAAUGAGGAGGCUAAACGGGAGGCUUCAGAGCGUCUGUACCUGCACAGACUGAUCCACAAGACGAUGGCACAGUGGAGAGAUAACAGCGCUGAGAUACGAGACAGGAGGAAUCGAGAGCAGCAGGCUUGUCAUCAGGGUGACCUGCACUGCAUGAGUUGGGCUGUGGAAAAAUGGAAAAAGUUUGUUCAGAGCCAGCGAGUGAAGAAAAGCAGACUGAAGCAGAUGCAGCAUUACCACGAAGUUAAACUUCUCCAACACGCGUUUGCGGCCUGGAAGAAACACCACCUACAGACGUCUCAGAUCUAUGGCCAUGCAGAAGAACUUCACAGACAACAAAAACAGAACUUUCUCAGGAAGGUGCUCUCUGUUUGGUGGGAGAACACGGUGCUGCUCACAGAGGUCAGGCUCAUGGAGCGACGAGCACAGAAUCACUUCCAGCAUUUCCUUCAGCUUAAGGUGUUUCUUGCUUGGAGAGAAGCAACAACACGCGCAGUAUCAAAGCGCCACCAGCAGGGGGAAGCAGUCAGCAGGGCUCAGAGGUCCAUAAAUCAAGUGCAGCUGCUGCGAUCUUUCAGACAGUGGAGGAAGCAAACCAGGGAGGCUCGGAGAGAGAGGAUAUGCAUGGAAAAGGCCAGACAGCACCAUGAGUCCAAGAUCCUCUCUAAAGCACUGAAAGCAUGGAAUAAGCAUCACUACCAAUAUCAGAAAAAUAAGGUAAUGAAACGACAGGGACUCUUUUUGCUGAGAUUAAAGAUGUACCAGAAGUACUUUGAACAGUGGAAUAUGCAGCUGCAGCACAGACGGAGAGAAGCUAAGCAGACGGAGCGAGCGCUCUGGCACUGGUCCCUCACUCUUCAGGCCAAGGUGUUGAACGGAUGGAGGCUGUGGGUCACGGAGCAGCACAGGAAACAAGAGGAGGCGGCCAGGGCUGCACAGGUCUACAGGGACCAGCUGCUGAGGGAGGGCGUGACAUGCAUCCUCACAUACGCUGCUCACAUGAGCGACCUCACAACGAGCCUGACACAACACAGCCAAGAGCAGUCUGCCCGUGUCCAGCAGAGGUCGCGACAUAUCCAGAGAGUGGUUAAGCGUUGUGCCAUGCGGUGGAAGCAGCGGGCGCUGUGUAAACCACGAAGAGAGCAAGCGGUCAAAGGGCAAACACCGAAAAAGAGUGUGACCUUCUCUUUGACGACGCCUGGAUUGAAGAGUCUGAAUCUGUCUGACUCUGUGGAGCAGCAGGCUGAAGAUGAAGUCCUUAGCGAGCUAUUGCUCAGACCUACCUCUCGUCGUCAGCCACGUCGCUGCGAGGACCUGUUUGAGCCUCCACUAAAAAUAAAUACUCAAAAGCAGUCUGCCCUCACCAGCACCAGUUGUCCUACACAGGAAGGCCGUCAUACUGUGUUGUCCUGCCUCCAUCCUGCUAAAGUCACUGUUACCUCCCCACACCAGAGCAUCGUCCUAUCUACUGUGUCACCCUCUGACCCGCACAUGUCCACGAAGGACUCUCCUCAGAAAAACCAAGAUGUUCUUUUACCCCCCUCUGCUUUCAUGACCACCGGGCCCAAAGAUUCAACCAGCAGCUCAGGCUCUGGACUUGCUCCACUUGCUCCCUUUAAACAACACUCCUCAGCUCAUGCAGACGUACGUCCGAGAGCAUCCUUUGGAGAAGUUGCGGCUUUGGAUCCAACUUCAGAUCUGACCAGAGAGCUGCUCAGCAUCCAGCGGGACAUGAAGAUGUACCGAGAGGACAGGAAGCAGCUCCGCGCAUGGCAAAAGCUGAAAGAGGUAUUGCAAAGUUGGCUGCAGACCAGCAGACAGGACGAGGAAAUGGAAGAAAAUGCUGUUUGUCAAGAGGUGAAAGAGUUGGAGGAGCGUAUCGAUAGACUGUCCACUGAACUGGCCAAACGGAAACCGGCAAUGCUGCUGCAUGCAGAGAGGAUCCAGCAUUUACAGACUGUCCUCACAGAUCAGAUCAGCUCUGUGUUUACAACAUGACAAGAAAUAAUUCCUCACGCACUCCAAAAGUGAUUACCUGAUCAUGAACGUUGAAUCAGAAAACUGCUCACCAGCUGAUACAUAUUUUGCCAUAAGCUUGCUUGUUUUUUAGAUUGAACAUUUAUACUUCUACUGCACUUGGCUUGUGAGGGGAGGAGGGAUAUCUUAAUGUCCACUUAUUGCUAUGUAUUCUUGUUGAAUAUCAUGUAAAAUAACUGAGCGUAUCCAAAUACAGCCUUACAGCUGCUUUUACUGCUGCAUCUACACUUAAAAUCCAGAAAACGUUGGCUAGGGGUUGUUCUUGUGACAGAUGGUUCUAAAUAUUUUCCAUAUGCGUGGGGGAAAAAAGUCACUUUCAGUUUCCAGUUUUCAGAGGAGCUGCACUUGCGCAAUAUGUCUCUUUUUUUUUUAUCCAUUAGCACCAGAGCCUCUAAUACUUGCAGGAGUAUCUGGGAUUUCAAACUAACAGAAAGGAUAGCUGUCUGUUGCACACACGCUGCAGACUACAUGAGACAGAUUUGAGCUAAGGGGCAGAAUGCGGGGACUUUAUGGCAUUUUACUCUUUUUCAUCUUUGUCUGGUGCAUCAGGGGUAAGUUUUGUUACUGAACUAGUUUAUUUACUCACAUUGUUAAGUUAUGUUCAUAUUCAGUGUCAUCGUGCUGUUGAAUAUUUAAGUCUUUUUAUUCUUUCAUAGAUGUUUGUGGUUGUUGAUGGCAAGAUUGUGGCCCUCUUUUGGUAGACAUUAUUAAAACAUAUUUAAACAUUA